GCCUGCCAUACAAUUUUCAUGUUGCAAGAUGGCAUCUGACACGGACAGUAGUCUGCUCAAUGAAAGUGACAUAAAACUGAUGAAAAUCGAAGCUGAUGCAGCUGUUCAGGAAGUAGCAUUUGCCGUAAAACAUGUGGAAAUAUCUUCCAAGUUACCCGCUUCAGACGAUGUCGUGUACCUCAACAUAGUCACCAAGGAAAAUGACACGUUUUGCAUCGAACUCACAGUGCAAGGCUUUCGGAUUAUUGGACAUGAAUACGACACCAUCUCCAAGGACAUCACAGCCCCAUACUUUGAGACCAUCUAUUCCCUCUUGGACCAUUACAGCCCCAAGUAUAGACUGACGUUUGGACAGGCUUUAGCCGAUAAGCUCUCAGAACUCCAGGAAACGGACAUAGAUAACCAUGAGAAGGAGGAGAAUUAAAGAUGGAACAUUCUAUUCAAUACUUCCAAGAGGAAGGCACAGACAAUCUUGAAUUUCACGGAAGCCAAAGAGAAAUAAAAUUAGUCCUCAAUUCCGGGCUUAGAGAGGAGAAAGAAACUGGUGAUGAGGCAACGGAGAGGACAAGAAGGUUCAAGUUCAUUAAAGAAUUUCAGGAUCUGGAGGGUUUAAGCAAAUUUUGAUAAAAGCUAGGAAGAGAAAUUUUCCCAUUCCAGAAAACUCGUGAGGUGAAUGCAUGCUCCAAUUCAAGAAGGUCAAGGUUUAGAGGAUUGCCAGAUAUAUUCUGAGAAUACUGAGAUGGGUUGUGUGUAGGACAAGAAGUCUCCCAUUCCAGGAUUUGAAGAGAGAUGGAGAUGAUUAGAACAAGGCAAGUCAUGAGAAGGAUGUUCCAGUUCAAGAAGAUCAAGGUUCAGAAAUUGCAGGAGAUAUACAGAGAAUUUAGAGGAGCUGUGUGUAGGACAAGAAGUCUCCCAUUCCCGGAUUUGAAGAGGGAUGGAGAGGGUUAAUAGUACAAGGAAAGUCGUGAGGACGUUCUUGUUCAAGAAGAUCAAGGUUCAAAAAUUGCAGGAGAUAUACAGAGAAUUUAGAGGAGCUGUGUGUAGGAUGAGAAGUCUCCCGUUUCAGGAUUUGAAAAGAGAUUGACAGGAUAAGGAGAACUCCAAGAGACAGAGGAUUCUGAGAUAAGCUAGGGAGGGAAUCCUGUUUCUAGCAUAUAUACAUGUUCAUCAUGUGGAUGUGAUUGCAUUUACCAAUAUUCCAGUUUCAGCAAAGAUAAAUUAUGCAGUAAGAGAAAGUUCUUUUUAAAUGUGAAUGAUAAUUAUCCGGUAAAAAAAAAUAAUUUCAUUAUUUUCGAGGGCUACUUUUCACAACUUAUUGCCUAAUUCUGAGGUAAAUGCUCUUUUGAGCAUUUCGGGGCAAAAUUGCCCCCAGCCUCAUGUAUUUUUUUACUGAUAUUUUUUUGUUAUUCUUUCUAUAUCAAGUCUUCCAGUGGAUCUUCCAAUGAAAGAAAGGCUACCGGUACAAGACUAUGUAACACAAACCUUUGCGAUUGUUUAGAGAGCAAAUUUUUAGGAAUGAUUGCAUUGACCAUGAUGUCAUAGAAAUCAAUCACAUGAUCAGUUCUUAAACUGUAGUCAUCCCAGUUUAGAUUGGAAGAACUGGGGUCUGUUGCAGAAAGAGU